AUGCAUAUACGCGACGACAAGUCUUCAAAAGUUUCGCACCACCGAACUGUGAGACCGCGACAUCCAACCGACCUAGCAACUCCUGAAGCUGAGCUCAGCAAGCUUCCAUACACCAAUUGCAGAACCCGGAUACUCAACCUCAAGCACCUUCCAGAUAUUCCCACUGGUAAAGACGUGUCAGAUGAGCAGUAUCGCGAGAUCUUCCAGAGAUAUCUUGACGCAAAGCGACACUCACCAUCGUUUCAUGCAAAUGCUUCAGACAAUAGUGUUCGAGAUGAGGCUAAUAAGAAUGCCGGUCUUGAAGAGUCGCAGCUACUACGAUCAGCAAUUCAAAGCUUGACAACGGGCAUCGCCCCUCCUGUCGCGUUUCCAACUGAAACGGUUUAUGGUCUUGGCGCCGAUGCAACCAACGGCGCAAGUAUUGCUGGCAUCUUUGCGGCAAAGGGCCGCCCUGGAGACAAUCCGCUGAUCGUUCAUGUAAGCUCUGUGGCACACCUAGAAAGAUGUUUGGGUGGAACUGAAACCGAUUCUGCCAUACCGAAAGUAUACCGAGAACUGAUCGAUCAAUUCUGGCCUGGUCCUUUAACUAUCCUGGUGCCUGUACCCGAGGACGGUAAAGGUGUGAAGUUUGCGCCGAAUGUUCAUCCAGGGCAGAAGACCAUCGGGUUUCGACUGCCUAAGUCUCCUUACGCGAGAUUUCUGAUAGCAGUUGCGGACAGACCAAUAGCAGCACCAAGCGCGAACUCUAGUGGUAAGCCGAGCCCAACGACUGCUCUUCAUGUGAAAGAAGACCUGGAUGGAAAGAUAAACUUCAUCCUGGAUGGUGGUGAAUGCAAAGUAGGCGUUGAGAGCACUGUGGUUGAUGGCCUGCAUGACCCUCCGCUCAUCCUUCGGCCUGGAGGAUUAUCUAAGCGUGAUCUACGUGAGUGGGGAACUAGGCAAGGCAAUAUCUGGCAACAUGUACAGAACGGAUGGGAAUACAAGACUGGUGUGAAGCGGAAGAGGGAAGCAGUGACUGACACAGUUCAUCCUGCUACGAAGACAUCGAAAGCUGCUCACAGCCACAGCGACGGGGCCAAUGUGUACGACAGUCCUACAAUACAAACUCCAAACAACGAGCACUCUGAUCUAGAGCUUGAAAGCGACAUCUCCGCGGCUCCACGAGCGCCUGGCAUGAAGUACAAGCAUUACGCCCCAUCCGGCCGCAUGUUCCUCUUCGAAGCCCCUUCUCGGUGCUCAAUGGAAGCGCGGACAAAGGCCGUGUAUGACAAACUUGGUGAACUUCUCAAUGCCAGAAAACCUGAGCCCAAUCGAGCACACGGCUCUCCGAAGAAGCUAGAAGACGAAGAACCGACACAUCAUCUGACGAUAGGCAUUCUUACAUCAGUGUCUUGGCCAGAACUCGCAGGUCUUCAAGAAGCGUGGCAUCAGUUGUAUCCAGCGUGGUCCGAUGCAUCAGCUCCGAGGCGUCUGAGUGGUCACGGACCCGCUCAUUACAGCCUUUCGAAGCCGGCUGAAGUUGAAGGACUUCCAGCGAAAGACGUUCAGCUAUACGGGAUAUCACUCGGCAAAGACUCCGAGUCCAUCGCACAGAAUCUGUUUGCUGCGUUGCGGACGUGUGACGCGCUUAGUUGCGAGUGGAUAUUUGUGGAAGCACCUUCAAGCGGUGAUGCAUCCACGGAGCAAGACAACGAGGAGUUUGAAACAGUACUUGAACGUAUGCGCAAGGCUGCUAGUGAGAUAACUAAAGUAUGA